AUGUCAGGCUACGGAAACGGCGGCUACGGCCAGCAAGGCUACGGUCAGCAGCAAGGCGGAUAUCCUCAGGGCGGGCAGCAAGGCUACGGCGGCUACCCACAGCAGCAGCAGGGCUACGGCGCACCACCAGCUCCAGCAUACGGCCAAGACUACCAACAACAAGGCCAAGGCGCCUACGGCGCACCUCAGCAGCACGGCCACCAAGGAUACGGUGGUGAGCAGCAGUAUGGUCAGCAGCAAGGCUACGGCCAACAGCAACACCAGGGAUACGGUGACCAUCAGCAAGGCGGCCCAUGGGGUCAGGGUGCGCCACCAAGUGGCGACGCAGGCAACCCAUACGGCUAUGAGCGCGAGCCGGCAGACCCGAACAACCCGCAAGAGGGCGAGCGUGGAUUCAUGGGCGCCGUGACUGGAGGUGCGGCCGGCGCAUUCGGUGGCCACAAGAUGGGACACGGCAUCAUUGGCGCCCUAGCAGGAGCCUUCCUUGGAAGCAAAGCUGAAGACGCGCUGAAGGACAGGAAGCACGAGUCUCAGCAGCAGCAGUACGGUGGUGGCUACGGCGGAUCUCAGUACGGCGGCAGCCAAGGCGGGCAUCACCACCACCACAAGCGUGAGGGCGAAUACUAG